GCCCCCAGCCCCGACCGGACAAAAUGGCGGCGGGGCGGCCCCGCAGGGAGCGCCCUUAAAGGAGCCGCAGCGCCCGGAGCUCGGCGGGGCGGGCGGCGAUCGCUCGCUCGCUGAGGGGAAGGAGGCGGCGCAGAGGUGCGUUGAGAACCGGUGCCAUUAUUCAGCAGCGCUCCGAGGCCGCCCUGCCCGCCCGUGCCCGGCGGCGAGCGGUGAGGCGGCGUUACCAUGUCAACGCAGUUAUCUUUUUCUGCUUGCAUUAGCUCUUACUGCAGAGUGGGUGAUUUCAAGCUUUGGGAAUAUUUGGAAUCCAAUCCUCUGCCUCUGUCCCUGCUAGCUCUGUUAGCCUGAGCUGAGAGCAUCUCCAGACCUGGCAGACUGUAAACCACAGCCUGCAGGGCAGGAGGAAGAGGAGCUGCAAACACAGAGCUGCUCAAUCAGUGCCUGGGGCUGUGCUGUACAAGGGUGGGAGUAUAAAGUUCUUCCAGGUAUUGCCAUGUGAUACCCAGCAUUUCUGGCAAUGAAGAAAGGCUCUGUAAGGAAAGCCACAGGCAGAAAACCCCAGGCAUCAGCAUCCCAGCUGUCCCAGCCAAUGCCACCUGUCAGUUCAGGUGCCACAUCUGCACAUCUUGGCCAGCAGACACCUCCAGCUGCUCCCAAAAACAUGGAGCAGAGGCUCCAACAAUGGGAUAUUCCAGCAGAAAGUGUUGGAGCUGCUUUUAAAUUUCAGAAAGGUGAAAAUGGUUUUAGCCCAGGGGUUAAGUACAUAACUGAGCCCCUCAUAAAGCGUCUGUCAAAACAGCAAAGUCUGGCAUGUAUAAGCUCACUGAAUCUUUCUUCCCCAAAGGAUGCAGACAAGAAAUUUAAGUACAUAGAAAAUUUGGAAAAGUGCUUUAAACUAGAGGUGCUAAACCUCAGUAACAACCAGAUAGAGAAGAUUGAGAAGUUGGAUAAACUGCUGAAGCUGCGUGAGCUCAACUUGUCUGGCAACAGAAUCAGCAAAAUUGAAGGCAUAGAACAUUUGCAGAACCUACAGAAGCUGAACCUGGCAGGGAAUGAGAUUGAGCACAUUCCUGUGUGGGUAGGGAAGAAGCUGAGAUCCCUGCGCAGCCUGAACUUGAGACAGAAUAAAGUGGCCUCACUCCAUGAUAUAGCUAAACUAAAGCCUCUGCAAGAUCUGACCUCUCUGUUCCUUGCUGAAAACCCAGUUGCAAGUCUGCCUCACUACUGCUUGUACACCAUAUUCCACCUGAGGGCACUGGAAAACCUGGAUGGACAGCCAGUGACAAACCAUGACAGGCAGGAAGCUCUGGAGAGGUUUAAUUUGGAAGAGAUAGAAAGAUUAGAAAGAGAGUUGGAAAACACAAGAAAGGAGAUGGAGAAUGUGAAACUUAGUCAGUCCAAAGUGCUUGAGCAACUUCAGCAACAAGAUGAGCUUAAUAGGUCACUAAAGGAAAAGGCUUUGCAACAGAAACAGAGCCUUGAGGAGCUGCAGAGGGACCUGGGCACUAAAAAUGAGCUGCUGAAGCAGAAGACAGUGGAGCUCACCCGGGCUUGCCAGAAGCAGUAUGAGCUGGAGCAGGAGCUGGCCUUCUACAAGAUCGAUGCAAAAUUUGAGCCCUUAAAUUAUUUUCCCUCAGAGGAGGUUGAACCUGAUAAUGUACCUGGUGAAAGCCCCUACAUUGGCAAGGCCAGGUACAAAAGAAAUAUGUUUAUAAUGGAAGGCUACAUCUCUGACACAGCUCAGCAGCUGCAGGUUGGGCAAAUGCAACAGGAGGAAGAUGAUUCCUGUAGGAAACCCCAGCUGGAAUCACAUCUCCAAAGUCUAGAUAAAAUACUGCAGGAUAAGGAGGAAAAGAUUAAUUCAGCACAAAGAAGAUUAGAAGAACUGCAAAGUGAAAUUGGAGAUGCAGAACAACAAGUGCUGAAAGUAACGGGGGAACUGCAACAACUGGAGGAUGCUCUGGCUCAGAGAAAAAUCUCCCAGGCCAGCAAGGAAGCAAUUGAACAGCAAUUGAGUGAAAAGUUACAAAUCCUGCAGGAGCUUCGCAAGGAAACCUUAGAACUGGAAAAACAAAUAGAAAAACAGAAAAGAGAAAUAGGGAAAAAUCGGAAAGAGCUUGAAGAUUUGCAUAGUUCUCUUGGUUCUGUAAAUCCUGAGGAUCCAAGGCAUGCUCACAUGAAAGCUCAAAAAGCAAGUAAAGAGCAGCACCUUGAUAUAAUGAACAAACACUGCCAGCAGCUGGAGACUCGCCUGGAUCAGAUGCUCUCCAGGAUUGCAAAGGAAACUGAGGAAAUCAAGGAUUUGGAGCAGCAGCUCACUGAUGGUCAAAUAGCAACAAAUGAAGCACUGAAAAGGGAUUUGGAAAGUAUUAUCAUUGGCUUGCAGGAAUACCUGCAAAGUGUGAAGCACCAGGCAGAACAGACCAAUGAGGAGUGUAAGAAGUUGCAGAAGGAAAAAGAAUCUUUGCUGGAAAGAUUGGCAGGUCUGGAGGAGGAAAAAAACAACCUGGAAUUGGUUGCCAUGGAUGCAGAAAAUAUGAGAAAAGAAAUUGCAAUGCUGGAGAGUUCACUGGAGGAACAGAGAGAGCUAAAUGAGUCCCUUCAAGAUGCUCAGGGGAAGGUUAGCACCUACAAGACUGAGCUGGAAGCUCAAUUAAGAGAGAGAGAUGCUGAAGCUGAGCAGCAAAAACAAGAAUUUGAAAGACUGAAACAAAAUAGCCAGAUGGAAUUGUCAGCCCUGCAGGAUAAACUUGAAAAGGAAAGACAACUGUUAGAGAAUGCUCAGAACAAAGCACAAUUGGCAGAAGAGAAGGAACAGCAAAAUUACAAGCUGCUUUUACAGUUCAAGCAAUUGCAGGGAGACAAUAAUUUCUUAAAACAACAGCUUAAAGAUCUCCAGAAUCACCUAAACCAUGCAGUUGGUAACUUAAUUCAUCCUGAGGAUGUCUUGGCUUGUAUGAAUGAACUCAGGCAAAAGCUUAAGACAGGAGCUGGAGAGAUGAACUGUCCAAAUUCAGCUGAUAUUUUAGGGAAAAACCUUGCAAGUCUGCAGAAAGAAUUCAAUGACAUCUUUGCUGAUGCACAGAAGGAAAAAGAGAAAGCAUGGGCUGGACAGAGACAAUUGCAGGAAGAAAUUGUUUCCCAGCAGGAGAAACUGGAACAAAUGCAGGAGAAAUACAAACAGGUUAAAGCUGAAAACAGACAAAAUAAGAACAAGGUCCAUCAGUUAGAGAAUGAAAUUCAACGUUUACAUGAAAAAAUAAAGAGCAUGGAAGAGAUUCAGGGCCUGGCUGAUCAGCAGCUCCAGGAGGCAGAUGAAGAAAAAGAGGCUAUUCUUGCUCAGCUGGAGAAUUUAGAGAAAAGGAAAAAAAUAGAAGAUGCCAGGGCCCAGAUGCAGGUGCUGAGUCUGGAUAAGGAGCUGAAGGAGCUGCAGAGAGAAGUGAUCACCUCAGACAAGCUGGCAGUCACUGAGCUCUCCAUGGCUGCAAACCAGCUCAGGGCUCUGGGGGGGACUGUGCUCAGGAUUAACCAGGAGAGAGCUGAGGAGCUUGAGGAAGCCCAAGAGUUCUGUGCUGAGGCAGCUCGUGCUUCCCAGGCUCUUGCCAAAGCAGAAGCAGAAAUAGAAUUGCUACAACAACUCCUGAAGGAGAAGGAAGAGCAAGUUCUGCAGGAAAUGGAGAAAGCUGGUGAGAAAACUGCUGCAUCAAACACUCAGAAGUUGGAAAUGAAUAAAUUAAGUGAAGCCAUGGAACAGCAAAAAGCAGAGAUUGACCGUUUGAAAUGGCUGUUGGAUAAUAUUGGGACAGGUAACAAAGAUGAAAUUGAGGCCUUACAGGAUGAAAUUGCAGCUCUCAGAAAUGUGCUCUCACAGCAGAAUGAUCACAGCACCAGUCCAGCAGAGCCCCUGAAAAGAGGGGGAUACUGGUGCUACCUGCCAUCAUCACAGGCUUCAACUCCUGCUUCCCAGAGCACCAAAGACUCUGGAGUGUGUUUGGGGUGCUCUGGCACAUCCCCAGCCAGGAGAGGGGAUGCUCAGGACAGGCCAUGUGGGAGGGAGGACGUGCCCAGCCAAGGAUGUUGGGUUUAUUCACCAGUCAAAAAUAGGUUGUACAAAGCAAAUUCUGGCAAAGAUAGAAGAGCAAAAGAAGAUGGUGAAGGAAAUGCAGGCUCUCCUGUCCCUGGAGCCUCUGCCUUUGUCCCACCCCCAGGCACAGUUAUUUACACAGCCCUUCCAGAUGGGGCCCCUGCACCUCAGGGUGUGGGGGUUUAUGGCCCUCCUCCUGCAGCAGCCACUGGAGCUCCAAUUGCUCCUGGGUCCAUCAUCCAUGGCCCCCCUCCUCUGGGAUCCCAGGUGGUUUAUGGGCCUCUGCCUCCAAACUUCACAGUGCCACUCAUUCCCCUGGGAGUGCUCCACUGCAACGUGCCUGGGCAUCAGGAUCUGAAGAGUGAAGUCUCAAGGCUGGAAGACACUGUGUGCUAUUUAAGGUCUCAGAAAUACAAAGAGAAAUGCUCGGAGGCAGCUGAGCAGAAAUACAAAAAGGAGGUGGAAAGAUUGCUUGGAAAUGUUGAAGAGCUGGAGCAGGAGAGAGAGGAGCUGCAGUGUGAGGUGGCAGAGCUGCGCCGGGCGGCUCAGAAACGGAGCACACGCAGGGACUUCAUUGAUGGCUACACCGAGAGCUUCCUUGCAGAGCUGCAGCUGGAGAAGUCCCUGCAGCAGCAGGAAGAUGUUGCAGAGGAGAUUGAAUGUGCAGAGAAGACUCUCCUGAAACGCAGGGCUGAGCUCAGGGAGGCUGACAGGCUUCUCACAGAGGCUCAGGUGGAGCUUGAGAGCACCCGGGGCAAGACUAAAGAGGCCCUGCAGAAGUACAAUCGUGCCAAACAUCAUUUGUCCUGCACUGAAAUGGAGGCAGAGGAGCUGGAGCAGAGGGCUCAGGAAACAGCCACCAAAAUUGUGAAAGCAGCUCAGCAGCUCAGGUUGUUACAGACAGACACAAGGGGUUUGGAACAGCUGAAGAGGGAACAAGAAGGUAUUUUGAAGGAACUCAACAAAAUGGUGGCUGCAAGAAACUCUGAGUUGCAGUCAUUAAACCAGAAGAUAGAAAUGCUCACUGAAAGCCUCCAGAAGCUCCAAGGAGAUAUUCGACUUGCAGAAGGUAAUGAGGGUCAGCAUCUCCAAAUCAUCAGAGAAGCAGAAAACCUUGUUCAGGGCAAGAAAACUGAACUGGAAACAUUGAAAGAGCAGAUUUCUGCUCAGCAGCAAGAGCUCUUAUUCCUGGAGCAGCAGGUGGCUCAAAGAACAGAAGAGCUCCAUGGCCUUCAGGAGUGCAUUUCCCAAAGGGAAGGUGACCUCAAAGAAGCUCUUCGAGAUGGAGAGACUGAAGCACAUGAAAAACUUUGCCAGAUAAGGGAAAUAAAAGUGCUUCUGGAAGAGCUCAGUGUUGAGAGGGAUGAACUGGAUGUCCAGCUGAAUGAGAGGAGAGCACAGCUUUCAGUCCUAAAGAAGGAUAUUAGAAAAGAGGAGGAAAAUCUUCAAGGAAUACUUGGGCAAAUCACCAAGCAUAAGAUGGAACUGAAACAUGUGCUGGAAAUCCUGGAGCUUGAGAAGAAUGAGCUGGAAGGUUUGAAACUCCAACAUGAGCAGAAGGUCACUGAGCUGGAGAAGACCCAGGUGGCUGUUCUAGAGGAGAAGUUAAAACUGGAGGAUAUUCAGAGAUUACUUCAGUGUCAGCAAGGGGAGGUGGAUUGGCAGGAGCAGCUCCUCAGGAAGGACCGUGAGGAGAACGAGCAGCUGGGCUCUCACCUGAGAGCUCUGCAAAACAACAUCCAGGCUCUGAGCAGGGAGAAGGAGAAGCUGGAAGAGGACUCCAGGAGUCUGGAGAAGAAGUUGUCACAAACCAAAAGAGACUUAACUGCUGCUGAAGACAGCAGCAGAACUGCCCUGUCCAAAAUGGAAAAUGUGGAAUUGGAUGUUAAGAGCCUGCAGCAGGAGGUGGAGCUACUGAACAAGCAGAAGAAAUCACUGAAUGCAGAGAUCGUUGCUGUCCAGGAGGAUCUUCAAGGGAAAAAGGAAGAGCUGGAAGCACUGAAAGGAGAGCUGAAUGACUCGAGGCAGCACCUUCACCUUGUGGAACAGGAUUUGAAAAACAACUCCAGGCAGCAGGAGGAGCUGCUGAGAGAGCAGGCAGCCCUGAAGGAAGAGAUCCGAGGGUAUUUCAGGAAACGGAAGGAAUGCAGGGAGAGGCACAAGAAGAGGCAGAACCAACUGCAGCAGCUCCAGAAAAAGAUUGAAGAGAAGGAAACAGAACUCGCCCAACAGGAAGUGGUUCUUCAUCGCCUCAAGCAAAACUCAGAGCGUGAAGGGAAAAAACUGGAAGAAUGUGCAGCUAAAAUGAAGGAUCAGAAAAUCCUAUUGGAAAAGGAACUAGCAGAUCAACACAAGAAACUGGAGCAGGCAACAGCUAAAGUCAAGCUGGCAGAAGAGAACCUUGGGAAGCUGGAAAAGGAGGAGUCCCAGUGUGCAGCUCUUGAGGAAACCAUCAGGAAAAGCAAACAUCAGCUCUCAGAAAAAGAAUUACAGUUACAACAAAAAGACAGAGCAAUACAGUGUCUUCAGAAAGAACUGGAGCUCUGCAAGUGUGAGCUAAAGCAGCUUCAAGGUCAGAUAGUGUCAGAGAGAAGAGAAGCAGAAAAACAAAGAGAAGCACAGAAAAUGCAAAGGAUGGAGCUUGAAAGCAAACUGCAAGUUAAAACCCGAGACCUGGAAGAAAGACAAAAGGAAAUGGAGAGUGCAGCAACCUUGCUUAAUCUGGAGGUUGAAAAUGAAAUUAGGACAGAGUUUAAAUCUUCAUGCUCAUCUCCAGACCUUUUGGAAGAUUUGGAAGCAUCAUUUGAAGGAAAGAGGAGUGUGCAGAGUGAGUGUGAUAACUCAGAGAUGGCUUCCUUCACUGCUCCUGACAGACAGCUCCUCUCCUUGGAAGAAAAGUUCAAUAUUUCUGGAAUCUUCUUACUGGAUGAGCAGUGGCGGGGAGAGGCGCUCCGGGAGAGGCUGCAGCAGCACGAGGACCGGCUCAAGGCCCAGCUGCGGUGCUGCCUGGCCAAGCAGGCCCAGGUGCUGCUGCAGGGGAAGCGGCAGACGGCCGGCAGCCUGCACAGCCUGCAGCGCCAGCUCCAGGUGCUGGAUGACCUGGUCAGCAGCCCUGCUUCAGACUCCUUCUUCCUGCCCAGCAGCCCCAGCCUGGGCUCUCUUCACAGUGCUCUGAGUGGAGCAAAAGCUCAGGUCCCCAGCAGCCCCAGAAGUGCUCUGGGAUCCCCAGUGCUGCGUUCCAGCUCACAGGGAAUCUCUCAGUGAAGGCCAGAGGUGAGAUGUGGCUUCAGGCCAGUUCCAACCUCCCAGGAACAUGAGUGGCUUCACAGACCACACUGUCCCUUCCCAGUGACAGCAUUCCUGGGACUGGUGUCCCUUCUUAUGUUUGUGUGUUGUCCAGAAUCUGGCUGAGAGCUGCUGGGAGCUCUCCUGGGACCUGGAGUUACUGCUGCAGAAAUUGUUGCCCUCUCUGCUCUUUCAGAAACUUUCCUAGUUCAGGUGUUCAGCCCCAUGGCUGAACCUCUGGGACAGCUGGUUCCACCCCAGCCUGGUACAAAAGUGUUUUUUUAUAAUGGUUUAAGGUACAAAUGUUACUUGAAAAGCGGCUUCACUUCAAAAGCAAAGCCCAAAGCACAUCCACAGCUUGGAAGGGGUGCUCAGGUGCCACCUCUGAAGAGUUCUCCUACCUCACUGGGUGAGCCUUGUCUGAAAAGGCCUUUGCCACCCCUCACAAACAGCUGCUGCAAGGCCUGUACUGUGAAGAUUUUGUACAAUUGACAACAGGUUUACAUAUAUAACUUGGUUUGUUUUUUUAAAAAAAAAUUUAAAUGUGUAUUUAAACAUGUCCAAACCAACCUCCUAUUUAAGUGCUCAACUGGUGGCCAGUUUCCACUUUAAAGAAACCUUGUUACAAGGCCUGAUCUGUUGCCAAAUGCAUGGAGGUUUAAAUACAAUUAUUUUGGAUACUUCCUUAAAAUAAACUUUUGUGAUUGAUGCUUUUUA